UUUGGCCCAUGAUUAGUUUAAUAAUAAGGAUGUAUUUGGGUUCCGGUAUAGGUGGAACAUUUUAUCUGCGUUUGUCUAGAAAGUAUUUUUAUGGUAGUGGUGGGGAUUAUAUGUCACUAUCGUUUCAUUUGGCUUGUCUAUCUAGAAUGUUGGGAAAUUUGAACUUUAUUAUAACUUGUAAAUGUUAUUUUACUUCUACUUUAGAUUCAACGCUGUAUGUAGAUUGGCUAUUAUUUUACCUCUUUUCUAUUCCAGUUUUAGCCGGAGCAAUUACUAUAAUAUUGAUUGAUAGUAAUUUUGGUACUUCCUAUUUUGAUACAUUAGGUGGUGGUGGAGAUCCAGUCAUGUUUCAACAAAUGUUUAAUGUGUUUUCAAUGAUGUCAUAUAUGUAUAGAACUAAGAAACUUGGAAUCACCAAUAUUUUAUUUGGGGAUGGUAUUAGCAAUGCUUUCUAUCAUUGUUUUAGGCCUUAUAGUUUAGGCAUAUCAUAUGUUUACAGUAGGUAUGGCUCAUAUUGA